AUGGCAAACUUGGUUGCACUCCCCGAGAUCGAGCGCUUAAGCUCCAGGGUUAUCCGUAUUCUAGGCGGCAAUCCCAACAAGUUUACUCUUCAAGGCACAAACACCUACCUUCUCGGCACAGGUCCCAAACGCCUACUUAUCGAUGCCGGCGAAGGUAAACCCGCCUGGAAAACUUCCCUCUCCUCAGUCCUAACCUCCGAGCGGGCCACCAUAUCCACCGCCAUAAUAACCCACUGGCACGGCGACCACAUCGCCGGCGUCCCGGACCUACGAUCGCUAUGUCCGGACGUCAAGGUUCUAAAAUUUAAAUUAGAUCCUAAUGAUCCCGGAGCUAAUAAAUGGGGGUUUCCGGAUGUAAGUGAAGAUGGAAGUAUCGGUGAUAAUGAGACUGUGGGAGUGGAAGGUGCUACGGUCAAGAGUGUGUGGACGCCGGGACAUACGACCGAUCAUGUUUGUUUGUGGUUGGAGGAGGAAGGGGCGUUGUUUACGGGGGAUAAUGUACUCGGGCAGGGAACAACUGUCUUUGAGGACUUAUCAGCAUACAUGUCCUCCCUCGCCAAAAUGCUGGCAUUAAACCCUGAUAGGGCAUAUCCGGCCCAUGGUCCCUUAAUCCCAGAUGGGAAAGCAAAGAUUCAAGAAUACAUAACACAUAGACAAGAGCGUGAAGCCCAAGUCAUUGGCGUUUUGAAAGAACAUAGAGGAACUACAAUGGAGGUUCUCGAUAUUGUAAAGGUCAUUUAUAAAGAAUAUCCAGAGAAUAUAUGGGAAGCAGCUGGGAGAGGAGUUUUUUUGGUUCUUGAGAAGUUGGAGAAGGAUGGACGGGUAGUGAAUGAAAAGGGUGGUUGGAGGAUAUUGGAAGGGGCUGGCGGGAGUGGCGGGAUUAAGGGAGUGGCUAGUGUGCUUUAG